AUGGACAGCGGCUAUUGACUUAAAGAAAUAACUUACGAGGGCAGAAAAUACAAAAUUCUAUUGCAAAGCUAUAAUGGUCCUUGCCCACUUUUGGCAAUUGCAAACGUAUUGAUUUUACGCGGGGAAUUAAAAAUCCACUCAGAUUAUUCUAAUGUUACACAUGAUAUGUUAACUUCAUUAGUCGCCAAUGUGAUAAGCAAUUCUGAUCCAAAUUUGCAGCGAAAAAAUACCUUAGCAGAAGUCGCUGCUUUACGCGUAGAAAAUGCUUUGAUCCUUCUUACAACUUUACAAGUAGGUCUAGAUGUCAAUGUGAGAUUUAAUGAUAUUCAUGGCUUUGAGCAUACCCCAGAAAGCGACGUAUUUCUUUUGUUAAAUAUUCCUUUAUUACAUGGGUGAAUUGUAGACCCUCAAACGGAAGCUUCUCGAGCUAUUGGAGAUUUAAGUUACAAUCAGCUUCAAGAAGUUUUAGUUAGCUGCAUAGAAAUAGAGGGAAAACAAGUUAUGACGAAAGAAGACUGAGAAUUAAAAAACAAAGGAAAAUUAAUUGAAGAGUUUUUAAGUAACUCAGCAAGCCAAUUAACUGAAGAAGGACUGAAACGGUUAAAAACAGAAUUAGAAGAUGGGAAAUUAUAUGUCUUGUUUAGAAAUAAUCAUUUUUCAACACUUUUAAAAAGAAAAGGUGAAAUUUAUUUGCUAGCUACAGAUUUAGGAUUUAGAGAAGCCAAAAAAUUCGUUUGGGAACAUAUGGAUGCCAUAUCAGGUAACAAUAAAUGGUGUGAUUCAGAAUUUAAUGAAGUAGAAGAAAGCGAAGUUAUUUCUUUUAACUCAAUGAAUCAGCAAAGCCCAGCCCCACACCCAGAAAACUAUGAAGAAAAUAUGCUAAUAGAUGAAGCAAAACAAAAAAAUAUUGAAGAAGAUGCAAGCUUAGCUUUAGCAUUAGCCUUAGCUUAUAAUGAAGAAGAAUGAGAAUCUGACGAAAUAAAAAAAAAUAAUGAAAAAGAAAUAGAAGAAAUGAAGAAAAAAGAAGACGAAAAUAAGAAGAUAGAAGACGAAAAACAAAUUAAAGAAGAAUUGGACAAGAAAAAGAAAGAAGAAGAAACCAAGAAAAAAGAAGAAAAUAAAAAGAAAGAAGAAGAAAUCAAGAAAAAAGAAGAAAAUAAAAAGAAAGAAGAAGAAAGCAAGAGAAAAGAAGAAAAAGAAAAAUCGAUAAAAGAAAGUAAUGAUAACAAAAAAAGAAGAUCAAAGAAAAAUGAAAGUAAUGAGUCAGGACAAGUGAAAAAGAAAAAAAGCAGGGCCUGCAGCGUUUUUUAG